AUGUCCGGUCGUCAACAUAAGGUGAUGGUCCAGCCCAUCAAUGUCAUUUUCCGGCACUUGCAGCAGCAGUCGCGCGUGUCGCUGUGGCUGUAUGACAACACGGAUUUCCGUAUCGAGGGCAAGAUUAUUGUGCGUGCUUUCCCGCUCACCCAGGGAUUUGACGAGUUUAUGAAUGUGACCUUGGCCGAGGCCGAGGAGGUGCGGUGCACCCCGGGAAAAGAACGCAAGGAGCUCGGACGGCUAUUGCUCAAGGGCGACAAUAUCACGCUGAUCCAGCCGGCGUUGUAG